AUGUCAUCUGAGCUUGAAUUAUUGAGACAGCGUAUCACCGAGCUUGAGGCUGAGAAUACGAAGUUGAGACAAAUUAUUGAGGAGAAUAGCAAACGUGAAGCUGAAAAUGCUGAACACAAGAACUUAUGCUUUGUUGGAGAAGAAUAUAUAUCUUCGGUAACAGCUGUAUCACAGCCAGAUACUGAACCCGAGAGGCACUUAGCUUUGAAUGAUAUACCUGAUCCUGUAAUAGACCAGUGUGUUAGAAUAGCUAAACAGCACGUAGCUGAUAGCUCAGAUAUCAAGUCAAUGGAGGAAAGGGAGACGGAUGCUUUCUUAGAAUUCGAUAAUCAAGUAAAAAAUAUUAUGAAAACUAAUCGAAUUGGUGAGAAAAAAGUGAAAGGACAAAUCUAUGAUUUUAUUAUUGCGCAACUCGAAUCAAAAGUAAUCGGUCCAGAUAAUCCGCCCAAAGCUAAUGACUAUGAUGAUUUAUAUUAUGAUGAUCCCAUGUCUUUGUCAAUGAAGAAAGGAACUAAUGAAAUUAAGUUAGAUGAUGAAAAUGAUGAAAAUGAUUCUGAAGAAGAAAUGCCAGAUGAAUCGGAUAAUGAUGAUGGAUAUGAUGGAUAUGGUGGAUAUAAUGAAUAUGGUGAAUGUGAUAGAGCCAGCUGGUGCCUUAAUGCAGGAUGA